GGAAGUGUUUCUUGUUUGUUGUUGGUAAAGACGAGCUUAAAUGGGAGAUUCUAAUGAGUUCAGUAGAGAUGUUAUGGACCGAAAAUUUUUCAGGAGAUAAGGCCGGGAAUGUAGCUCAAACCCUAGUAGUCCCUAGAACACCCAAGAAACCCCUGACAAAUUCCGCCUCCUUUUUCGAAAAGUUUAUAUCCAUAUCUGUCCGUAUCAACGAAUAUCAGCUGAUAUUAUCUGUAUUCAUGAACAUGUUUAUUCUUGAACACUCAAUAAAUUUUGACUUUUACUUUACCUUAAGCUUAGAUUUUCGCAUAAACCUCAAGAUAGUCGAAACCAAGUCGAAACCUAACUAAGAGCCUCAAAACCCCACUAAAACGUCUUAUAAAAUUAAUAAAAAACUUGCAUCUAGUAAAGAUUGUAUAGAGUAAUUCCCUUCCUCGUGGAAGGAUAAAAAUGUUGGGGACAUCAACAUUUCUUCAAUUUCGGGAUUUCUCUUUUUCGGAUUUUCAGGCACAAUAUUCAACAAUCGAGGAGAGAGUAUUUCCAUGUUAUCCAGAUGCAUGGUAUUUUGUAAUUGAGAUUUGACGGUAUUAAGUAGGGGAUCUGGUUGUACUGAUUCCGUUGCUAAAUUUACAGGCAAUCCGAAUUUUUUCAUUAAACUGAAAUUUUGGAAUUAUAAUUCUGAUUUUUGUUAUUCUGAUUUUUAUCUGAUAUUUUUUCUUGUAUUCUGAUUUUUGUCAAAAUUUUCUGGGAUUCUGAUAACAACAAAUUAUAUUUUCAUUUUCAGAUUUUUAGUUUUAUGGUUUUGUAUUAUUCUGGGUUUCUGAUCUUAUUGUCUGUUUCUUCUUAUUUUCUGGUUUUUUGAUGUUCUGGCUUCUGAAGUUCUGAUUUUUCUGGGUUUUUGGGGUUUGUAUCAUUCUGGUUUUGAUUUCCUGGGUUCUGAUUUUUGAUUUUUAGUUUUCUGGCUUUGUAUUAUUCUGGUUUUUGAUCUUUUUAUUAUCUGGUUUUUGAUUUUUCCGAUUUCCGAUUUUAUGAUUUUCCGAUCUAUUGGCUUCUGAAUUUCUGUUUUUUUCUGAUUUUUUAGGGUUGUAACAUUUUGGGUUUUGAUUUUCUGGGUUCUGGGUUUUCUGAUUUUUCUUUAUUAUUCUGAUUUUUUUCUGAUUUUUAUUUAUAUAAC